GUCAUUGGCUGAUUACCUCCCUCGGACGCCUGUGGGUCCAGUGUGGUGGAACCAACAGUCAGCGAGCUCUCAGAGUCCGGGAGGAGACGAGCGGCGGCGGCUACAACUGUCUGCGAACUGACUUACGCGACCCGGAGGACGCGUUGCUCUCCAGACAGCGGCUCCAGGUUUGUCCGACAAACUCCUGAGUUAAAGUGUCGUCAGAAGGACUUCAGCCUGGACUCUAGUCCAACCAGGUUCGGUCACCUCUGGAGAUAGGCAACAACAUCCACUAAGUCUUCUGUCCGGGGCCCGGCCGAGUUUGCUCCAGUUCUUAGUGGGGGCUUGUCCAGCGUCUCAAGCUGGACGGAGGAGAGACAAGUGGGGCCGAAGGCCCGGCCUUCGUGCUGCGACACAGAACUUCUAACCUCAUAGAACACACCACAGAUAGCACGCCUACAGAUCCCAUGAGUCCCAGGGAGAAAGAUGACACGCCCACCUCAGGUUCUUCAACCAGUCACCUCAUCACCGCUGAGUGCCCCUCACACAAUGGGUGUGUCCCAGAGUGCAACGAGGAGAGAAGAAAAAAUGAAGAGGAUGACAAAGGAAGAGAAGGAGAGGAGGAGAAAGAAGAGGAUGAGAGGAGCAGUGAUGAAGGUUUCAUGGGAAUGAAGCCACUGCUGCAGGCUCACCACGCCAUGGAAAGGAUGGAGGAGUUCGUACACAAGGUGUGGGAGGGCCGGUGGCGCGUCAUACCUCACGACGUGCUCCCUGAUUGGCUGAAGGACAACGACUUCCUGCUCCACGGUCACAGGCCACCCAUGCCUUCGUUUCGCGCCUGCUUCAAGAGCAUCUUCAGAAUCCACACGGAGACGGGAAACAUCUGGACACACCUGCUAGGCUGUUUGUUUUUCCUCUGUCUAGGUCUGAUGUACAUGUUCAGGCCCAACAUGUCGUUCGUGGCUCCCGUCCAGGAGAAGGUGGUGAUCGGGAUGUUUUUCCUGGGAGCCAUCCUCUGUCUCUCCUUCUCCUGGCUCUUCCACACAGUCUACUGCCACUCUGAGGGCGUCUCCAGAGUCUUCUCCAAGCUGGACUAUAGUGGAAUUGCCUUCCUGAUUAUGGGCUCAUUUGUUCCCUGGUUGUAUUACUCCUUCUACUGCUCCCCUCAGCCUUGUUUCAUCUACCUGAUAGUGGUGUGUAUACUGGGACUGUCUGCCAUCACCGUCUCCCAAUGCGACUUCUUUGCCACACCACAGUACAGAGGAGUCAGAGCAGGAGUGUUUGUGGGUCUUGGUCUGAGCGGCGUGGUUCCCACCCUGCACUUUGUGAUCAGCGAGGGUCUGAUCAGAGCAACCACCAUGGGUCAAAUGGGUUGGCUGCUGCUGAUGGCGACGCUCUACAUCACUGGAGCCUGUUUGUACGCCGCUCGCAUCCCAGAGAGGUUCUUCCCCGGCAAGUGUGACAUCUGGUUCCACUCCCACCAGUUGUUCCACAUCCUGGUCGUCGCCGGGGCUUUUGUCCAUUUCCACGGCGUCUCCAACCUGCAAGAGUUUCGCUACACAGCGGGGGGAGGCUGUGCCGAGGACGGCACUCUCUAACACACACAUUCACACACACUGACUCAACUGUUCACUCACACGUAUUUUAACUGGGAGGCACCGGUUCUACUAACAUGCACAGAAUUACACACACACACACACACACACACACACACACACACAC